UGCUACAGUAAACAUGGUAGUGACAGAUGUCAAUGACAAUGCUCCAGUGUUUGAUCCAUAUCUGCCUAGAAACUUAUCUGUGGUGGAGGAGGAAGUCAAUGCCUUUGUGGGUCAAGUAAGGGCAACAGACCCUGAUGCUGGAAUAAAUGGCCAAGUGCACUACAGUUUGGGUAACUUCAACAAUCUUUUCCGCAUCACAUCCAAUGGGAGCAUUUACACUGCAGUGAAGCUUAAUAGAGAAGUCAGGGACUACUAUGAACUUGUUGUGGUGGCAACUGAUGGAGCAGUAUACCCUCGUCAUUCAACUCUAACACUGGCCAUCAAGGUUUUGGAUAUUGAUGACAAUAGUCCAGUGUUCACCAAUUCAACAUACACUGUUGUUGUGGAAGAGAAUCUGCCAGCUGGGACCACCUUCCUUAAAAUAGAGAUGAUUUCAGGAUUAUUCUGA